UGUGUCCCACAGCUGUCCCAUGUGUCCCAUUCCCCCAGUGUCAGAAUUGUCCCUGUGUGUCCCAUUCCCCAGUGUCCAACAGCUGUCCCGUGUGUCCCAUUCCCCCAGUGUCAGAGUUGUCCCUGUGUGUCCCAUUCCCCCAGUGUCAGAGCUGUCCCUGUGUGUCCCAUUCCCUCAGUGUCAGAGUUGUCCCUGUGUGUCCCACAGCUGUCCCGUGUGUCCCAUUCCCCCAGUGUCAGAGUUGUCCCUGUGUGUCCCAUUCCCCCAGUGUCAGAGCUGUCCCUGUGUGUCCCAUUCCCUCAGUGUCAGAGUUGUCCCUGUGUGUCCCACAGCUGUCCCGUGUGUCCCAUUCCCCCAGUGUCAGAGUUGUCCCUGUGUGUCCCAUUCCCCCAGUGUCAGAGCUGUCCCUGUGUGUCCCAUUCCCUCAGUGUCAGAGUUGUCCCUGUGUGUCCCACAGCUGUCCCGUGUGUCCCAUUCCCCCAGUGUCAGAGUUGUCCCUGUGUGUCCCAUUCCCCCAGUGUCAGAGCUGUCCCUGUGUGUCCCAUUCCCUCAGUGUCAGAGUUGUCCCUGUGUGUCCCACAGCUGUCCCGUGUGUCCCAUUCCCUCAGUGUCAGAGUUGUCCCUGUGUGUCCCACAGCUGUCCCGUGUGUCCCAUUCGGGCGCGGCGCGGGGCUGGCGGUGCCGCCGGGCCAAGGCGCCCAGCGUGGAGGAGCCGCUGUGCGAGGGCAGCCUGCUGGGCGCGGGGAAGACGCUGCGGGAUCUCAUCUACGACAUGACCACCUCGGGCUCCGGCUCCGGGCUGCCUCUGCUGGUGCAGAGAACCAUUGCAAGGACCAUUGUCCUGCAGGAGAUCGUGGGCAAGGGGCGCUUUGGAGAAGUCUGGCGCGGGAAGUGGUGCGGGGAGGACGUGGCUGUGAAAAUCUUCUCCUCCAGAGACGAGCGCUCCUGGUUCCGGGAGGCAGAGAUUUACCAGACGGUGAUGCUGAGGCACGAGAACAUCCUGGGCUUCAUUGCUGCUGACAACAAGGAUAACGGGACGUGGACCCAGCUCUGGCUCGUGUCCGAGUACCACGAGCAGGGCUCCCUGUUUGACUACCUGAACAGGGGCACGGUCACCGUGGAGGGCAUGGUCAGGCUGGCACUGUCCGUGGCCAGUGGCCUGGCCCACCUGCACAUGGAGAUCGUUGGCACACAAGGGAAACCAGCGAUCGCCCACCGGGACCUGAAAUCCAAGAACAUCCUGGUGAAGAGGAACGAGAGCUGCGCCAUCGCCGACCUGGGGCUGGCGGUGAAGCACGACUCGGUGCUGAACACCAUCGACAUCCCCCAGAACCCGCGCGUGGGCACCCGCAGGUACAUGGCCCCCGAGAUCCUGGAGGAUGCGAUGAACGUGAGCAUCUUCGAGUCCUUCAAGCGCGCAGACAUGUACUCCCUGGGGCUGGUGUACUGGGAGAUCGCCCGCAGGUGCUCCGUUGGAGGGAUCACUGAGGAAUACCAGCUGCCUUACUACGACCUCGUGCCUUCUGAUCCUUCCAUAGAAGAUAUGAGAAGGGUUGUCUGUGAACAGAAGCUCAGACCAAGUAUUCCAAACCAGUGGCAAAGCUGCGAGGCGCUGCGGGUGCUGGGCCGGCUGAUGCGCGAGUGCUGGCGCUCCAGCGGCGCCGCCCGUCUCACCGCGCUGCGCGUCAAGAAAACGCUGUCGCAGCUCGGCGUGCCCGAGGGCUGCAAGGCCUGAGAGCUGCGGGGGAAGCCGAGCUGUGCCCAUCCUUCCCGUGCCCAUCCUUCCCUGCCCAUCCUUCCCGUGCCGUCGCGCUUUGUUCUGCUCUACCUCAGCCCGUGCGGGUCCCGCCGCUCGCCGCUCGCAGCUCGCCUUUGGCACAGCGAGCCCGGCACUCGCUUUGGGUUUUUCCAGUAAAUCAGACACCAGUGAAUCGCGGGGAGGAGCUUGAAGCAUCAUGACAGUGUAAAAAUACUUUUUGCUGUUGUGCUUUUCAUCCUUGUCAGACGCCAAACGUCCUGGAAGUGUCUGGUGUUGGUCAAAGGCUGUUUGUGAGACAAACCUCAUGUUCUGUCCUCAAACCAAACAAAAGACCAAAUUAACCCAGCUUUUUACCGGUAUUUGUUUUGCAGGGAUCUGAAAAAGGGUUGUCAGUAAAUGUAUUUUGAACUACUAUAUUUAUAGUUAACCAAGCGUUUAGAAAAGAUGGAAAUUCCUCUAAGUGUGCACACUGUGAACAAAAUCAUUGAGUCAGUUCCCUAUUGACAUUUAUUUUUAUUGUCCAGUUUCAUGUACAAUAUCAUGGUUAAAAUUUGAGUUGUUUUACUCUGUCUUUUGUUCAUCGAACUUAUCAAUCAAGGGACAACUUUUCCUUUCAACAGUUAGUAGGAAAAAUAACAGGGGCAAUACUUCUCUGUUAGCUGUAAGGAAUGGAACAGGAGGAAUUCUACCUAAACUAAGGAAAUAUUUAUUUUAGCAAGGCCUUUCCAAUCAUUGGCAACAUUUUUUUAGUGCCUUUUGAUGGAUUAGGGGGAAGAUUUAACAAAAGCCAAUGCAGCCUGUUCAGAGGUUUCUUACAGAAUUCUGCAACAGCACCAGGCUGAUGAUGAAUAGUAACGUUUCUGACCAGGUUUCCAUAAUAUCACAAGCCAGAAAAGUGAGUUGUUGUGUUAAAAUGAACACUCAACUGUGUUCUGGCAGUUUGUGAAUUUUGGCCCGCUCUGUAGCUCACAUAUUUGAAUAUAGUGCUGGAAUAUUUUUAACAGGCAAAAUUACGCAUUUUGUAGUCUUAUGGUCUUAUCUUUAAAAAAAUCCUUAACUUAAAAAGGAAGAAGCAAGGCUUUAUUUUUUUAAGUGGGAAAAGAGUUUCAGUGUCCAGUUUCCCCCCUGGAGUCUCUGAAAAUUGUUGGCCAGCCUGGUAAUUUGAGCAAGAUCCUUGUGGUGCCUGGCUGGGAGGUGGGGGGAGGAUGCUCACUCAGCUCCUCCUCACACAGGUCACAGCUCCAGCCCAGAAGCUUUAACCUUUUCCCUGGACAUCUCCCUUGGCAUCAGACAUUAUGGUCUGCUUGCCCUGGCUUUUCACCUAGCUGUAUUUCUGCACUGGGUUUCUUUUCUCUUUGUUGUUGAGAGGUGAAUGCACAUUGUGACCAAGCAGAGUGGAACAUAACUGAGCCAAGGGGCUGAUGCUGUUGUGCUGAGCUCUGAAAUGUUUGUAAACUCUGCACUCCUUUAGACAAAGUCCAAAGAACUCUUGUUUUAGUGGCCUUUCCCCUCCGUGUGGGUUUGUCCUGUUCUAAUUUAAGCGCAGAGGUUCUGCCAAAACACUUCUGUGCAGUCCAGGGAGGCUUUGGUUUCCUCAGAGGUUGCAAUGUUCCUGGUAAUCUUCACUUAGGGCACAAGUUCUUAAGCUCAUGAAAAUUUUCGAGGUCAAGGAUGCUCAAAACCUGCCACCACAUUCAGCCUCUCUGAAUUGAUGCUUCUAACUGGAGGCAGUUACCAAUAUUUUAUUAUUUGCUUCUAAUUACAAUCUAAAGUUUAAUGUAGGGAUUAUGCACUGAAAGGGAAAGUUAAUUAAUGUUUCCUGUAGCACCUAAUUUUUUUUUGUGUUACUUGAGCUGCUGCCCCUUUAGAAAUUCAGGCUGUAAUCUCCUCUGCACUUCCCCACUUUUAUAAUUUGCACUUAAUCAAGCUCAUUCCCUCACCUGACAAUAUAAAGAACCCUACAAUAUUUUAGCCAUUGCUGUGUCACUUGUUUGCUUGGUACCAAGUUCAGGAAUUAUAAAUAAAUUAGUUUAGAAAUAUUCCCAGUCCCUACAAGGGGUCUGGGCUUUGAGCAGGGCAAGUUCUUCUCAGUCGGUGUCAGCCUGGAGCUGCUGUGCCAAGGGGGGGCUCAGGGCUGUCCCCAGCUCCCCCGGCUCAGGGGGAGGAGGUGUUGGGGUUCUGCCUGGGGACAGUGCCACAGUGUCACAGUGUCACAGUGUCACAGUGCCGCAGUGUCACAGUGCCACAGUGCAGGGACGGGGUGGCACUGGGGGCUCUGCCCUCCCUUGGGUGCACGGGGGGAGAGGCACAAGCCCAUGUUUGUGUUGAUGGAGGGGGCUCAACCCCCCUGCUGGGGUUCAGUGGGGUCUGUGAUGUGUCCUUAGGGUGUCCUGGGCCACACCUGGGUGUCCCCAGCAGCACUGCAAGCACGUCCCCUCCUCUGCCCCCAGCUGUGCACGCUGUGCUGUGAUCCCAGGGAUCGCCCCCAGGCUGAGGGACCCCAAUUCCCCCAGAGCUUCUAGGGAGAAACAUCCAUGUCCUGCUCUCACGGGCAGAACAGUAUUUAUGAAUGUACAGGGAAUAAGUGUUGAGGUACAAUAUAUUUCUACAGAAUAUAAGAAAUGUGCAAUAAACUGUAACUUACACUGAAUGUAUUUUUGGCAUACAUGGACCAGAUGUAUUUUGAAUGUAGCUAUGACAUUGUGUCUAAGCCUGCUGUGAUUCUCAGUCCCUAAGACAAACGUGUCAUGUUUUGUCAAUCUACAAACCACUUCCUGAGUUGUCUGUUUUUAAAAGAAGCAUUAGUAUUUUAUCUGGAACACUGUAAUAUUUCUGAACUAAGUAUAGCGGUGCAGUGCUAACUUCAGCCCUGGUCUUGUGAAAUAUCUGAUCUGUGUACACUGCAGAGUUGUUUUUAAAACUAUUGCUCAAGUUAUUGCUUGAUAUCGCAGCUGCCUGGAUGUAAAUAAUGGUUUAGCUGUUGUAUUUUGUAUGCGGAUUUGGGGAAUGGUGGCAAUUUUAAUAAAUUCAGCAUACUCUGCC